CCAUAUAAUUUUGAAGCGAUAUGAGCAAAAAUAAAUCGAUAAAAAUAACCUAUUGCAGAUUUAUUAAGAACAGGUGCAUGUGGUGGAUUUUGAUCCGCUCCCGUUUAAAACAAAAAUGGCGUCGUACAGCAGACGCUUCAUACUCGUCGUAAUUUUCGUUAAAUAAUGCAAGUAGAAAAAUUACCAUGGAUAAUUUCGUUUAGUAUCAUUGCAUGCAGGAGAAUAUUCAUUUGAUUUGCACCAAAACAUGACUGAUUCUGUCAGGAAAAUGGAAAGCUAGCUGAAAAUUCUAUGGCAUGUCCUGUCGCACGACUGCUUUUUUGUGCGUUUUCAAAGACUUGAUAUAUCAAUGAUUACUCUUGGUUCUAACUACACAGUUGAACAGAGUACCUGUGAAUGUGUAAAUGGGAUGGACAAAUGUCACCAUAAAGCCAGCAUUCUUCUCUAUGGGUACAAAAAUGUCAGCAAAACUGAUGUACGCCAGAGUUGGAUUACGCAUCCAGAGUGCGCCACCUCGUCAAACUAAGACGAUGGAAGAACUUUUUCCUGCACCUGACAGGUUUAUAAAUUACAGCAAUGCAUUGGAUACUAUCCCCGAGCCGCCUGUGCCCACACUUGCAGUGCCUCUAGUUGAAGACCUCAUCUCUAGCCAGGAAUUUAUUUCUGCAGAGAAUCCAAUCGCUUGGAUGAAGCAAAAAUUAAUGAUAAAUGAGCAAGAAAUCCAACAGAUUGCCUGUCUUACCACUGGUCAAAAGGAAAAUUGCAUGUGGUCAUCUGUUAGGAAGAAUAGAUUAACAGCUUCAAACUUUGGUUGUGUUUUGGCAGCGAUCAAGAGAAAUAGAUAUCCUGUCUCCUUAUACAAAAGAUUAUGCUCAGCUUAUGAUCUGUCAAAGAAGGAUGCCAUUAUUUGGGGGACGUGCGAUGAAAAAGUCGCAAUUGAAAAGUAUAGAACUUUUGGGGAUGCAGUUGUAGAGCCAACAGGUAUCUGGCUACACUGUAAUGGGGUUCUUGGGUCAAGCCCCGAUGGACUCAUUCGUCGUCCUGCUGCAUUCGGAUUCAGCUAUCAGAAUCCAGGACUCGCUGACACAUUAGAGAUGUCAAACGUUAAGCCAGAAAUACUGGAGGUGAAAUGCCCCUUUUCAGCAAAGAAUAUGACAAUUCCAGAAGCUAUUGAAAAAGUACACGAUUUCUGCCUAGGUAAUAAUAGUGUAGGUUCAGGAUUUUAAUGGAGUCAAGUCCUUCAAGCUAUGAGAGAACCACCAAUACUAUGAUCAAGUGCAAGGACAGCUUCAUAUAAUUGGGAAAUCCUUGUGUGAUUUUAUGGUCUGGACACCAAAAGACUGUGCGAUUGUGAGAAUUAACAAAGACAUCAAUUGGGAGAUCAACAUAUCUGUUUUGACAGACUUUUAUUUCUGUAAAUUUCUCCCGUAUUUACAACAGCUAUAAGAUAUAACAUUAAACAUGGUGAAAACAUUUUAA